AAUGUAAUCAGUUGUCAUUCACCAGGCGAACGAGAAAGACGCGUCCAGGCGGACUAGCGUGUUCUCAAACUUAUCGCGAUAGCUGUAUUAACUUGUUCAGAGUGUUGCGAGUUUGUGAUAGUGAUGACUGUAUGGAACAAUUCCUCUAUACCCGACGAUCGUUGACCGGGAUGGAGGCAAAGGAUCAACUAGUUGGGGAGGUGGUACUCCUCAUUUUGUUUUUGGUCUCGACUGCGGGCAACUCGUUGGCUGUUUUGGUGUUCUGUCGGCGCCCCGGAUUGAGAACGAUUUCGAAUCGGUUUGUCAUCAAUUUGCUGGCGACGAAUCUUGUGACGACUUCUCUACUGGCUCCCGCGUUGUUCGGUGAGCAUGCAGCAAGAGAGCGAGCUGGUUGGAUGGAGGCAGGAGAUGCUGCGGCGGCCACGUGUAGCUUGGCGGCGCUACUCGCCGUGAUGCUGAUUGCUUUAGACCAGCACCAUGCCGUAACUGAUCCGCUUCGCUGUCACACACGCCUCCUUCAACGCCGGCCGGCCUCGCUUUGUGCUGUCACCUGGCUGAUCACAGCUGGAGCUACCGCAAUCAGAGCGACCAUUGCUGUCUUCAAGUAUUGCUAUCCCCUCAACCCGGCUCUCUACGUCGUUGAGUUGACGUACUACGUAGUGUUCCUAGUCGCUGGUGUCCUCGCUCCAGUGAGCGUUGUCUGCUUAAUGUAUGCCAGAAUAUACCGCGCGGCGAGAUCGUCUGGAUUACGGGCAAGAGCCAAUGGAGCCAGCGCACUACAGCUUCAUGAACCUCAUAUAAACUUGCCAGAUUUAAUAGAAGAAGGUGAGGGACUGACGUUGAAGAUUGAUGUCCCAAAUGCUGGCGAGGGUGAACGCAAGUAUGGACCCUUCUUGCUGCCUCCAGAUUGCCCUUUGAGAUGUCCUUCUGUCGCGAGUCUCCGCAACUCGCGAAGAGAAGGAAAGUCAAACGAAGAUUUGAGGAAGACCCUUCCAGCAGUCAGCUCGGCGCCGUCUCUUGCCGUGCCGCUGUUAUCUGUGCAUGGAAAGACUCCUUCAACUGUGAAUAGUGGUUCUAAGAUCACGUCAAUAAGGUGUCGCAUAUCGAACGCUUCUUUGUUUAGAUAUAGGGAAGAAUCUCGUGCUGCCCGUGUUGGACUUUUGACGGGUGCGUUAGUGUUGUUAUACGUUCCGCAUGCAGUUGUGGCUGUGGUAUCAGCUGUGGUGCCGGGCUUAGCGGACAGUGUGCGUACUUCAGCGUUAGCCCUACUAUUGCUCGCGUCUGCGGCAUCCCCUUUCCUAUUCGCGCUGCGUUCACGUCGCGUGCAGCGUGAAGCAAGACGGCUAUUGCUUCCUGAGAAGAGUGCGUGGGACCGAGUGUCGGGAGUGGCGACCGCUGCUGCAGCAGAUGGGCAGAGAGCUCGUGCUGCUCUGGAGCUGUUGAGGACGCUGUCACCGCGAAGUGAGAGGAGAGAGAAUGAGAACCGCACAUCAGUGUCGGGGAGUGGGUCUGAGGCGGCAUGCAGGAGUUCCUUCAGCUCUGGCGGCAGCACUCAACUCUCCUCCGCGUCAGACGAGUGACAGACGCCCCGCGACCCGCACUCCCCUCCCAUGCGGGUUCGCUUCACCUCCCGCCCCACCGCUCUACUCAUCUGUGAUACUAGGCUAAGAGAACCAGCGCUCGGCGCGACCGUUAGACUGAUUUAGUAUAAGUUUAUUUAUUAACCGACGUACCUUUCCGCUGAGCGGAGCAUUUUGUAACUUUAGGCAUCUAUAUGUAAUAGUGAAAUUAAAUUUAUAUUGAAAUUACAA